UCCCCCACGCAUUGUGGCUGUCGGACGAGUGCUUGAGGGAGGGGAGACCAUUCAUGGUGUUGCCAUAUUACCCCAGCACGUGCGUGUGACCAUUGACGAGGUUCGGGAUCCCCAGGCUCAGGUGCCUGUACCCACUCCAGAAAUUAACUUUGUGGGGGAGGCCAUAGGAACAUUUAUUGCCUGGCCUAGAGCAUUGAUCAUGUCCCACAUCGCGACUCCACAGUUCACACGUCCUCAGAAGCAGCCAAUUCAUGAUACAGUCAUACAUGAAGAUGAUGACAUGGCUGAAGCAGAGGAUGAUCCUAUAUCAAAGUUAGUGACAAAAUUACCCAGAUUGAAGAAAGCAUCAUUACAACUAUACUGGGAUUUGAGGGUAUUUGGUCUUCCCCCACAUGUGCCAGUUUAUAUCACAUUUUCUGAUGCAUUGGAGGUGAUUGAGGGAGACAGGAUGUUGAAUAUUUCCAUCAUUCAGUUGUGGUGCAUGUACAUGGACACAAUCGUUGUAGACCAAGGUCGGUCUUCCAUGUACGGAUUUGUUGAACCUCAGACCAUUCAACCGUCUGGUAACACACUUCAAAACAGACAACAUUAUUUGCAAACAUGGAUGGAUGAGUCCAAAAGAGACAUAUACCUUGUGCCAUACAUUGACGGGUACGUGUUUUUAUAUGUGGUCAGUUUAUUAUUAUAGUUUCCUUAAUUAGUUGAAUAACUAUUUGUCCUUCGUGAUAGGUCUCACUGGCAGCUGAUGGUUAUCAUUCCCAAACAAUGUAAAAUUAUAUGGUUUUGUUCGUUGCACAGGAAGAUGAAAAAUGACUUGAGAACCAUGCUUCAAGGAGUUAUUGGUAAAUCUCGUGGUCAAUUGGUUCAAAUUUUGUAUCCAAAGUGUAACCAGCAGGUAGAUUCAUGGGAAUGUGGCUUCUAUGUGAUGUGUUGGAUUAAGACCAUCAUUCGAGCUGUCAUUACAGAUGACUGGAAUGAGCGCUUCAAGACUACAUCGCCUAUUGCAGAGGACACAAUUAACCAGAUAAGGCAGGAGUGGACCGCUUAUCUUUUACAAAGAUGGAGUUAGGAAUAGUUAUAUUUCUUCUUGAUUGAACAUUGUUUGGUUUUAGUUUUAUUUUUAUGUUAAUAGUUUGGUAGUGGAUUGAACAUUAAGUAGAAUUUUGUUUAUAUAAAACGCAUAUUUAUGU